UGGUGGGUAAGUUUGUCAAGCAGUGGCUAUUGCGUAUUGGGUUUCUUUUAAUUUCUUACUGCAAAUUCUCAGUUCUUCUUCCCCAUUCCGUUUUUUCUGUUUUUUCUAAUUACAAAAAACAAAAAGAAAAAGGAAAAGGAAAAUGAAAAUGGGUAGAAUUCCCAUCUUCUUGAUGGGGCUUGCUCUGUUCUUGGGAGCCAUGGCAGAAGCAGAGUACGUGAAAUAUAAAGAUCCAAAACAGCCCUUAAAUGUUCGUAUAAAGGACUUAAUGAAGAGGAUGACACUGGAGGAAAAGAUUGGCCAAAUGACUCAGAUUGAACGUAGCGUUGCAUCAACUGAGGUCAUGGAGAAGUACCACAUUGGGAGUGUAUUGAGCGGAGGAGGUAGUGUUCCAGUUAAACAAGCUUCUGCUGAAACUUGGAUUAAAAUGGUAAAUGAGUUUCAAAAGGGUUCUUUAUCGACUAGACUUGGAAUUCCUAUGAUUUAUGGGAUUGAUGCUGUUCAUGGCCACAACAAUGUCUAUAAAGCAACAAUUUUUCCUCACAAUAUUGGUCUUGGAGCUACCAGGGACCCUGAACUUGUCAAGAGAAUUGGGGCAGCAACUGCACUUGAAGUCAGGGCAACAGGCAUUCCUUAUGUCUUUGCACCUUGUAUCGCGGUAUGCAGAGAUCCAAGAUGGGGUAGAUGCUACGAAAGCUAUAGUGAAGAUCCAAAGGUUGUUCAAUCAAUGACUGAAAUAAUACCAGGAUUACAAGGAGACAUUCCUUCUGGCUCUCCUAAGGGUGUUCCUUUUGUUGCUGACAAAACAAAAGUUGCUGCUUGUGCCAAGCACUAUGUUGGUGAUGGAGGAACAACAAAUGGGAUUAAUGAGGAUAAUACGGUCACAAGCAGACAUGGUUUGCUCAGCAUUCACAUGCCAGGCUACUACAACUCGAUCAUUAAGGGAGUGUCAACUGUCAUGGUUUCCUACUCUAGCUGGAAUGGAAUUAAGAUGCAUACUAAUGGCGAAUUAAUCACUGGCUUUCUCAAGAAAACUCUUCGAUUCAGGGGUUUUGUAAUCUCAGAUUGGCAAGGUAUUGACAGGAUUACCUCUCCACCUCACGCUAACUAUACGUAUUCCAUCCAAGCAGGAAUUAGUGCUGGAAUUGACAUGAUCAUGGUUCCGUUCAACUACACAGAAUUUAUCGACGGUCUGACGGACCAAGUGAAGAAAAACAUCAUUCCUAUGAGCCGAAUUGAUGAUGCAGUAAAGAGAAUUUUGCGAGUGAAGUUCACGAUGGGAUUAUUUGAGAACCCAUAUGCUGAUGAGAGCUUGGUGAACCAGCUUGGAAGUCAAGAACAUAGAGAACUGGCAAGGGAAGCUGUUAGGAAAUCACUUGUUCUGCUAAAGAAUGGUAAAAAUGCUAAUGAACCAUUGUUACCCCUUCCUAAGAAGAGCUCGAAAAUACUUGUCGCUGGCAGCCAUGCAGACAAUCUUGGUUAUCAGUGUGGUGGUUGGACAAUUGAGUGGCAAGGCCUUAGUGGCAACAACCACACAAGUGGUACUACAAUCCUUACAGCUAUCAAAAAUACUGUUGAUCCAAGCACAAAAAUUGUCUACAAUGAAAAUCCUGACGCAGACUUUGUCAAAUCCAACAAAUUCUCCUACGCUAUUGUUGUAGUAGGAGAACACCCAUAUGCAGAAACACAAGGUGAUAGCAUGAAUCUGACAUUAUCUAAUCCUGGUCCGAGUACUAUCCAGAAUGUUUGUGGAGCUGUCAAAUGUGUUGUAAUCGUGGUCUCUGGUCGCCCUGUCGUAAUGCAGCCAUAUGUGAACUCGAUAGAAGCUCUGGUCGCUGCUUGGCUUCCUGGAACUGAAGGCCAGGGUGUUGCUGAUGUUUUAUUUGGUGACUAUGGUUUCACAGGCAAGCUUUCGCGUACAUGGUUCAAGAGCGUUGAUCAGUUGCCUAUGAAUGUUGGAGAUAGAAAUUAUGAUCCGCUCUUCCCAUUUGGAUUCGGCCUCACUACUGAACCCGUCAACGCUUAGAUGUCUAUUUUGUAGCAAAAAUAAAUAAUUAUUUUUAUCUUAAAGAAUUAUUAAAGAAAUAACCUUUUUUUUUUAA